AUGGUCCCGGUGACCAUCCCUCACAUGUUUGCAGGCCUGGCAAACUAUUUAUCUGGCUGGGUCCUGCAGUCGUAUUCUGUUAUUGACUCGCCAUGGAACUGGAUUCUUCGUUUUACAUUGAUGGCUGCCUGGGUUUUACUGAAUCUGUUCUGUCUCGACUUGGCAAACCAGCGCCUGGAUGAGUCAGUCCAAGAGGAUUUCAUCAACAAACCAUGGCGACCCAUUCCGACUGGGCGUUUAAGUCAGAGAGAGGCAACCAAUCUCUUGUGUAUCGCGAUUCCAUGCACCUUAGGCUUCAGCUACUUCAGUGGUGGUUUUCGAGAAUCGGUCGUGAUGGCUGUUCUCAAUUACAUCUACAAUGAUUGUGGUGUCGCGAACGAACACUUCAUCCUCCGCAAUCUGAUGAACGCCUUUGGGUUCAUGGACUUUGUGGCGGGAGCAAGUCGUGUUAUUGCGGGUCCGCAAUCGUCGUUCUCUGCAUUGGGUCUUCUCUGGCUUGCAACAGUUGGAGCAUUUGUGUUCUCGACAAUUUCAAUACAAGAUCUGUACGACCAAGAGGGAGAUUCUGCUCGAAAUCGUCUGACUGCUCCUCUUGUUUUGGGAGAUUGGAAAAGUCGAAUUAUGACCGCCGGGGCGAUUAUGGUAUGCUCUUUGACUAUUCCGCCUCUGUUCGGCAUCAGGAGUCUAGCCGUGCUUAUCUGUUGGAAUGCCAUGGGCUUCACCAUAGCCGUUGGUGUGCUCCUGAGCCGGUGUGUGAAAAGAGACAAGGAAAAUUUUACCCUUUGGUGUGCGUGGUUGGUGUUGCUGUAUAUGCUCCCUCCACUCAGAGCUUAG